GGUGUAGCUGUGGGCUCUGCCGUUGGGCACACACUGGGCCAUGCCAUCACUGGCGGCUUCAGUGGAGCUGGUAAUGCUGAGCCUGCCAGGCCAGACAUCACUUACCAGGAGCCCCAGGGAACUCAGAUGGCGCAGCAGCAGCAGCUUAGUGGCCCAUGCUCCUAUGAAAUAAAGCAGUUUUUGGAGUGUGCCCAGAACCAGGGUGAUUUUAAGCUCUGUGAGGGCUUCAAUGAGGUGCUGAAGCAGUGCAGAAUUGCAAAUGGACUAGUUUAACCGUGAAGUUCAAGUUGAAGAAAUGGAAAAUCAUCUCUGAUGACCAAGUGAAUUUAACAUGGAAAUGUAAUUGGUAGUGACACUAUAGAGUGUAAAACUAUAAGUUAACUUCUUGUUGUUAAUUGCAUAGUUGCCUCAAGAGUGGCCAUGGCAGAGGGUAUUAUAACUCUUAAUACAGGUUCACUGAGAUGGUAUAGAGUUGGGGCUGACAGGUGUUUGUGUGGCCUUCAUUGUUCUGAUGUUAUUUUGAGUUAAUUAUAAUAAACUGAUUUCUUCCAA